AUGCAGGGCCCCGGCGCGGCGCUGCUCCGGAGCGCGGGGGAGCUGGGGGUCGCGCACCAGGGCUCCGCCGCCUGGUACUGCCAAGAGGACGGCCGCACCAGCUCUCCCGCCCCAUGGCCCUGGGCGUGCCACUCAGAGUUCCGGCCUCCCGAGACACUGCCUUGGCCGGGGCCCGCCUCCACCUGUCCCGAGGGGUUUUGCGCUGGCGACAAAGGCCGGGCCGGCAGUCCCUCUUUGAGCCGCCUAGGCCAUGCCUUCGAGUCGCUGGCCCAAGGCACCCACACCCAGAACGCAGCGGAUCUCCGCCCCCUUGGGUCCCCGCACACUCCGGCUCCGGAUGAUGCCCAGUCGCCGGAUGGUUCCCUUGUCCUCUGGCGAGGAUUCUCCAAGCCAUCUCACCACAUGGGCCGGCUCAGAAACGCCAGGAUCCACGUGGAGAGAGCUGUCAAGAUCCAGCCCCCUACUUGA